AUGAAUUGCGCUGUUUGUGGAUUAAAUUUUGAGAGGAAAGAUAAAGGAUGUUAGUAAAUGGAAUGUUAACAAUGUAAAUUGAAAUAUCAUCGAUUCUGUUAUGGAUACAAUAAUUUGGAUGGAGUAUGUGAUCCUUGCUAAGACAUAGCAAAGAAACCAUUAUGCUGUAUCUGUGGAUAGAAAGGUUUACUAAAACGACUGUCAGAUUAGAGUGGAGUAUACGUGCAUGUGUCCUGUGCAAUAUUCGCACCUCAUAUCCAGGUGAUCAAUUAUCAUACAAUGACAUUUGCUACCAAAAGUUAAAUAGACAAAAAAACUAAGGAGAAAUGCUCUAAUUGUGGAAAAAGUGGUGCAAAUAUCCAAUGCCUAGAUUGUCAAGCAUAUGCUCAUCCUCAUUGCAUUUUUGUAGAGUAAGUGGAGAAGGCCUAAGAAGACAUAGAAACAGAAUAGUGGAUCUUCCAUUUAAAGUUUUAAGCAAACAACUAAGAUCCAAAUCAAUUGGAUGUGGAGUCAGGCGAGAUUAAAUGUGAGUUAAAAGAGAUUCAGGAUGCUUUUUACAAUGCCCUUGACAAGUUUUAAGACAAAUCAAAGAAAAGAGGAAACCAGACACAAUAAUACAAGGAACAUAUAAAAAACACUUUGGAAUCUAUUUUUGAUAACUACGCACUGCAAUAAUGCAAUCAACAAUGGUCGUCACAGAAUAAGAUAGAGAGUUAUUGUUAAGUGCAUAUGGAAAGUCAUCGAUUGUUUUGUAUAUGUCGUAAAUCCUUGAAUAAUAAGCAAAUGGUAUAAUGUGAUCAUUGUUAUGAAUGGUAUCAUUUUGGAUGUAUUAAACGUAAGAAUGUAAAGGACGAUAGCUACAUCUGCGAAGCUUGUAAAGGAUGGAGUGCUAAGAGGACUAAAAUAGAUUUAGAAGAUCCGAAAUUACUAAACUUUGAAGACUUGGUUGUUCCCAAGAGUGUCUACAUUCUACACUUGAUAGACUUGCUCCCCUUGUUAUUAUACAUCGAAUCUAUCAUGAAGAGGUUGCCAUCUAUUCCUCUAGACGAGAAUGAUUAUAGAAAUAUCAAAUUUUACAAACUCUUCUUGGCAUCAUUACCCAUCAAACCUUCUACUGUAAUUCAAUUAGACAAGAUUUUAUUGAAGGAAAAAUUACAGGAAGAAUUAAAAUAGAAAAUGCAAUCCCUCAUACCCACCUAAUUAGAAUAGAGCGAGUAAUUUGCAGAAGAAUUAGUUAAAUCAUUUAAAUUCAAAGGCUACUAUUUCGAAUUGGGUGAGAACAAACUCAUUAAAUCAUUCGUGUUGUCUAGAAAGGAUAUCAAAGCACAGAUAUAGAAAGGAAUUUCUGAAGGAUAUUUGAUGGAAGACACCUUCAAGAUUCUUAAUGAUAAUGUCACAGACAAUCAAAAAAUAUUCAAAUCUCCUAAUGAUAAUCUAGGUUAACUUAUUAAUAGGUACAAAGUGGCUUAGCAAAUCAAGAGUACUUUGAGAUCUUUAUUUGAAGCAGAGAGAAUGCAAAUUGAAGAUCCAGUUAUUGACAACCAGCUUGAUUUGACUGUUUAUAAAUAAUAGAUUUUGAUGAAGAAUUAAAAAAACAAACCAAAUAAAUUAAAAUUGAUGGAUUUAAAGAGGAUGGCCAAUCAUAACAAUGUGACUUUGGGAUGUCUCAAGAUCAUUGACAAAUUAUUAGAAGAACUCAACUCAUUGGAAUAGGAGAAUGUUCAGAGUUCUUAUAAGAAGAUUAUAGAAUACCCAGUCAACAGCGACACUCUCAUAACUUAGUUAUAAUCUUAUUUUGAUUAAGAAUUUAUUGAUGAAUUCAAAGUGGAAUUGGAAUUGAAGAUUGAGAGUUUUUGUAGAUUGACUGAAAAGGAAUAUACAGGAGUGUAUACUUAUGAAAAUAUCCAAAAGGCUGCUAAAGACUCGAUUGUAAUAAGGAGUGUAUAUAAUCAAUUGUAAGAAAUUCAUUAGAAGUGUCAAACUUAAAAAAAAGUAACUAUUUAAUUUUGUCAUGAAAUAUUAGAUUUGAUGUCAAAGUGCUUAUUAACAUCAACGUAUAUGGAAUCUCAAAAGGCUAAAUUCCUAAAAUUCAGAGAACUCUACAAAAGGUUGAAUGAAUCAAUCACACUGGAACAGUUGGAGGAAAUUGAACAUGAAUGCUUUUAACUUGGAUUUGAUAUGGAUGUGGAACAAAGGAGAUAGCAAUUGGUCUAAGCACAAGAGAUCAUCCAAAAUAUCCAACCUAGUUUGGGUGAUUCCUUGGAAGAAUUCAAAAAACUGAAGUCUCUAGAAUUGGACACUUACAUUAAGUAAACUGAAUAGCAAAUAGACUUCGUGAAGUAAUUAUAUUAUUUGGUAUACAAUUCAUAUGAUACAUUGCCUAAGAUGAUUUAGAAAGUAAAAGAUAUCUCAGAUUUAGAUUUCAAUAAUGAAUUAAUUUACAAAGUUGCAAUUCCAGAAGUAGUCUAUGAUGAAAUGAAAUCAGUAGUAUUAAAUUUUAGACAACUCAAAUGGAGAUGCGAGUGCUAACAAAUCCUAGAUCAAUCAAAUCAAACGAUGAUCCAAGGGAGUAACAAAAAAUAUAAUAUCAGCCAAAUAAUUCAAUUGCUAAAUGCUGAUCCCCAAAUCUAAGAUCCAUUCUACACUUAACAACUCUAGAAGAUCAAGAAGGAAUACGAGAGUUGGAUUAUCAACUUGCAGGAGUUCGAGAAUCAAUUGGCUGGUCAGGUGGCUCCACAUUUCAAUUAGUUGAUCAAAUUAAUCAAUAAGAAUCAAUAUCAAGAGAACAAUUUACAAACCAAAUUGUGGCAAUACUACAUUCAGAUGCUGUGGAUGCAAAAGGCAGAAGAGUUUAUUGAGGCUAAGGCCAAUCCCUAGGCUUACAAGACGUUGAUCUCCUGUGCUACAUAUGCAAACAUCGAUUCCAACAAUGCUUUAUUAUUGAAACUGAAGGACCAUAUCUUCAUCAUGGAUGAUUUGAGCAGAAAACUCAAGGAAUAUUAAGAAUAACGAUUUCUGUGGGUUAAGAGUAGAGAGUAGAUCAACAAUUUGCAAUCGUAUAAAUCUUACUAUAAGUAUUUGGAAAACAAACCAGAUGCAGAGUAGAUCAACUAGAUAUAUAUAUAAGCCAAAGAAUAUCCAAUAUUCAAAGUAAAAGAUUUAGCUGAAGAUUUGUAAGAAGUACGUUAAGUGUUGCAACAAUAUAAUGACUUAGUCUAAAAAUAGCCGGAUAAUAGUUUGUACAUUCAGCAAUUGUAAAAGAUAAGGACCUAUUACUGUUGUUGUUUUUUGAAAGUAAAGAACUUCUGUGUCUAAUUGAUGUACAACAUGAUAAAGUAGUAAUCAUUGAAGUGCUUGAAACAGUUGAACCCUACUGAGUAGAUUUUACAGAGACUGGAAGAAAUCAAUCUCUUGGUUGCCAUAGGAGGUGAAGAGUGGUUUUAAAAGUUGAGUCUUACGUACAAAGUAAAAUAGGAUAACACUAGUAAUACUGAUUUCAAAUUUAUUGAUUGCGUAAGAAUUCAUUAUUAUAUAUUUAUAGAGUCUGUAAGAUGAUUUUGAAUGGAUCAGGUGGAUGGAAGAGAGUAGUUAGAAUAUAGGAGAUACUUUUGGAAUUGAAACAAAAAAGCAAUAGAAGGAACAAAAGAUUAAGAAGAAAAAGUAAUAGAACUAAAAAGUAAUGGAAGGUAUAACUGAAGACAUGAGAUAAACCUAAAGACUUGAUCUAUAAGUGUGCUUUAAAAAGUGCUCAAAUUGGAAACAAGUAAAUGAACAAUAGAUACGCAAUUUGGAAGCUCAGGUGUUCAUGGAACAGAGUUUCGAUAAGGACAAGUAUCUCAAAGAGAUAGAAAAGAUAAAAGCAGUCAUUAAACAAAAUAAAUAGAUAGAGUAAAUAUUAAUAUUAUCUUUUUAGACUCAAUUAUGAAGAAAUGAAGAAAGCCUAUAAGCAAUAUCUCAAUCAAAAGAAAUCAAAUGGUUAAUAAAGCAAUAAUAAAUAAGCCUUGUAAUUGGAGAGCAUCAAAGUGAUUAAGAAAUAAUAGUAACCUCAAGUUCCCCAAAUUGCAAGUGCUUAAAAAUUAAUCUCUCAACAUUCAAUUAAAAGCGAGCCGGAAUUAGAAAAGAAGGUGAAACCUGAGGCUCCUAAACAGCCCACUAUUAUUGCUCAACCAAUUCAAAUAACUAAUGAAGCCCUUCUUUAUAAUCCAGAUGGGCAAGUAGAUACACCUUGUAAGAAGUUAAAAAACCAAUUGAUGAGCAUAGGAGAAAUUAAUUUGUAAAUCAAGAAAAAGGUUAAUGACACACGAGAAUCAUUUCUCAUUAAGCCACAACUAUUAACUUAUGAACAUCAUAUGGCUUAACACUUUCCAAAAACUGAGAAUAUCACAGUCACUUGUGAAACAUUCUCCCCUGUUAAAGAAGUCAUGGAGUACUUCACAUAGAGAAAACCUGGUCAAUUUAGAAUGAUUAUUGGGUGGUUGUAUUCAAAGGAUCUCAAUGUUGCUGGGGACUUGUUUAAAUUGGCAGAUAAGUUGAAACACUCUAAACAAUGUGUUCGAACCAAAUUAGGAGAUGUUGGAUUGACCUUGAUUUACUACGAUUACUUGAAUAAACUUAAGCCUACCACUAAAUGGAUUAUAAUUAAGGAGGAGUUAGAGUAAAUAUUAUUAAUAUAUGCUUUAGGAAUCAAUUGGUCAUGGACAACCUAACCAAAUAUCAUAAUUUAGAGAAAUUCAAACCUCACUUAUGUUUUGUGUAUUACGCCAAGGACUUUAAGGAUUGCACAAACAAAAUCUUACCUCAACCUGUUCAAUAUAUUAAUGUGUUGAAACACGUUCAAUUCAAGAAAGUUAUUGAAAAUCAUAAACUGCAAUAGAAAAAAUAGUCAGGACAGUUGAUUCCCUCUAAGAAAAAAGAAUUAGAACCUAUUUCCGAUGAGGAAAACAACAAUGGAUUUUAGUAGAAAUAGGAUGUCCAUUCGAUGCUCAUGGAAAUACCUGGUAUCCUCAGCUUGUUAAAUUAAUGAUUGAUAAUUUAUAUAUAUAUUGGCAAAGGG